AUGGCCUUCGCUGCAGUAACAGUGGCUUUGGUAGCUCUGGCGGUGGCCGUUCAAAGCAAAAGCAUUAAUGAUAUUGUUGCUUUGGAUCGUAUGUUGACAGACCCAGAUGAAGAAUUGUCACCUCGAGUUAUAGGAGGAAGAGAUGCUUUGGAAGGAGAGUUUCCAUGGAUGGUUGCACUUCACUAUCAAGGACGUUUCGUAUGCAGCUCAUUUUUGGUGACUCCAAAAGUCUUGAUGACUGCAGCUCACUGCGUUGUCUUUGGACGCGAACCAGAAGAUCCAAAGCAUUACAACGCCUACGUCGGAACAAUCCAUCGCGAUGGACCAGACACUGAAAUACUUUUCGACGAAAUCAUCGCCCAUCCAGAAUACGGCAGUGGCACUGAGUACGAUAUCGCCAUCAUGAGGAUAAGAGAUGGAGUGACCCUCAACGAGAACAUCCAAACUAUCUGCUUGCCCACGAAGGACUCCAUGUAUGAAGACAUGCAAGCUCAAGUUAUUGGAUGGGGAGUAUCAGAAAAGGGAGGACGAGAAUCAGCUAAAAUUUUGCAGACAGCCGUGGAAAACGUGCCCACUAACUCCAUGUGCGCCUUCACAUACGCCAUUUUGGGUAUUCCUGUAACUAGAAGACAUGUUUGUGCCGGCGGAGAACGAGACAAGGGCAUCUGCUUCGGAGACUCUGGUGGACCUCUAGUGGCCAUGAAUGAAACUAGUCCCGUUGCCAUUGGCGUUGCUUCUUUCGGAUCAUACCUGGGAUGUGCUGCUGCUCGGGUUCCAGCCGUGUACACCGCCACCGCUUUCUACACCGACUGGAUUGUGGAGAACAUGGGAGAUGAUUCCGCUGACUUAUGCUUCGUCAACAAGACUUCCGAAAGCACUCGAAGAUGGUGGGGCUAA